AACCCAUCACAAAAAAAGGGCUGAUGGAGUGGCUUAAGGUGUAGGCCCUGAGUUCAAACCCCGGUACCUCAAAAAAGAAAGAAAAGAUUAUAAGAGCAAGUUUAAAACCUGAGUAAGUAGACUUUUCAUCACCUAAAAUUUGUUUAAAGGACAUCUGUCUCCUAAAAAGUCACUAGUGACAUGCUUAUGCUGGCAUGCUUAUAUAGUCGCCAUCACUGAUAAUACUCUGCUAAGAUUGAUUUUUCUGAUCAUCUUCUGUUAAGAGGUACAGUGAAACUGCCUAUUUUCACCCUGAAGGUUUUCCACUACUGCCACCAGUAACAACUUUAUUUUUUAAAACUCGGGGCCUUGAGCUUACCCGGCAGUUGCUCUACCACUUGAGCCACAGUCCUAGCCAUUUUUGUUUUUAGAUACUUUUCAAAUAGGGUCUCACAUUUAUGCCCAGCCAGCCUGGACUGUUUUCCAUCGUAGCUAGAAUAGCAGGCAUGUGCCAUCACAUUCAGCUUUUAUUUAUCGAGAUGCAGUCUUGAGAACUUUUUGCCUGUGCUGGCCUCAAAUCUUGAUCCUCCCAAUCUCAACCUACUGAGUAGCUAGGAUUACAGGCAUGAGCCACAAUGCCUGGCUUUUUGGAAAGGGUUUAAAGCAGGAUCUCUGUAUGUAACCCAGACUGGCCUGGAACUCCAGAUUCCUGCUUCAGCCUCCCAAGUGCUGAGAUUACACGCAUGUGAUACUGGGCAUCACUGAACUCAUAAGUGGUGAAGUGUCUGAACUUCAACGAUAGCCUUUGGUCAAUUUCUUUGGCGGCAGCAGAGGACAAAGACAAGGACUGGAAAUAGUCUCACCUUUAGGUGAUCAAAGUAGAGAUUGAUGGGUCAACCUUGAGAACGAUCUGCAUGCAGCAUGGUCCGCUGCUGACAUUCCAUCUGAAUCUAACCCAGGGCACUGCCCUGAUUCGAUACAGCACCAAACAGGAGGCGGCCAAGGCCCAAACUGCACUGCACAUGUGUGUGUUGGGAAACACUACCAUCCUGGCUGAGUUCGCCACUGAUGAUGAAGUUAGCCGCUUUCUGGCUCAAGCUCAGCCCCCUACACCUGCAGCAACCCCCAGCGCACCAGCCGCAGGGUGGCAGUCACUAGAAACCAGCCAGAACCAGUCAGACCCCGUGGGACCUGCGCUGAACCUUUUUGGUGGGUCCACUGGGCUCGGGCAGUGGAGCAGCAGUGCUGGUGGCAGCAGUGGGGCCGAUCUUGCUGGCGCUUCAUUGUGGGGGCCCCCAAACUACUCUUCUAGCUUGUGGGGAGUCCCGACGGUGGAAGAUCCCCAUAGGAUGGGCAGCCCGGCUCCUUUACUACCUGGUGACCUUCUGGGAGGAGGGUCGGAUUCAAUCUGAACUUAGAACUUUCAACUCUGACCUCGUGACCUUUUUUGGAACAGCAGCAGCACUAACUUGACCUUUUCGUUUUUUUUUUCAACUUGCAAUAAAUACAUUUUUAAAAGGAAAAAAGAAAACGGAGAGAGAAAAAAAGGUGGGUCAUUGACAGACUGUCUGAGCACAUAGUUGCCUCCCUUAUAACUUCAGUUUUUUCGUUUGGAAUAUGAAUCCAAAAAGAGAACAUAUCACUCUUGAAAUACUUGAAUCAUGAACGCCAACCUAGAAAGACAAUGUGAAGCAAGUACACAUACCAUUUAAAUUUAAACACAAAAAAUUAAAAAAAUUAGUUUCUAGUUUUUCACUUUUUUCAUGUUAUAUGGAAGUUGUUGCUAAGAAACAUAUAUACUGAAAAAAAAAUAGCUUUUUAACUUUGUUUGCACUGGGUGUGUUUCCGUCCUUAGGUCUACCAUGUUUGGGUGGGAGGGAAAUUCAAAAGAAUUGUUGGGGGAGGGGGGAGGGAAGACUUGACGGAGCCUCACUUUAAAAACAAAAACACAAAAAC